CUGGUUCAACUCGGAACUCUACUGCUGCCUCCUGUCAGAACCCAGGCGGGUGUCAAGCUAUGCGGGGCUGCUGUGUCCUGGAGGCGACAUGAAGGCAGGACGUGAUUGGGCGUGAGCAUUGUGUGCUCUCCCCUCCUCACCCACACUAAAGAUGGCGGGCAAGUCUGUGGCACUGCCCACUCUCAACAUGGCGGCAUGCAGUCAUAGCCGUGUUUUGGCUUUGGUCUUCUUAGCAUUUAGCUACUGCUUGGUAGGAUCAUGCCUUGGGGAAGAAGAAAGUGAGAAGACUGUCAUCAUUGGGUUGAGGCUAGAGGACACUGAUGAAGUCUCCGCCAUGGAAGAUGGAGCGCUACGAGUGAGUGAAAGGACCCGGGUUAAGCUGCGGGUAUAUGGGCAGAACAUCAAUAAUGAGACCUGGUCUAGGAUCGCCUUCACCGAGCAUGAGAGGACUAAGGUGCCCGGUGGCAAUAUGGGGUCAAAGGAUGACACCCAAAACUUCCACCCGUGCGGUAUCCGCACCUCGGACAUCAUUAUCUUACCAUUCAUCACACUGAAUAGAAAGACUUCAGGAAUUGUAGAGAUAGAGAUCAAACCACUGCGGAAGACAGAGAAGAGCAAGUCCUAUUACCUCUGCACCUCUCUCUCCACACCUGCAGUGGCAGCUAGCUCUGGUGGUCACCAGCCAUGGACAGAGACCACUUGGAUCUACCACGAUGGGGAAGAUACCAAAGUGAUCGUGGUGGAGGAGAAGAAGUUCUUGCUGCCAUUCUGGCUGCAAGUGAUCUUCAUCGCUCUGUUGCUCUUGCUGUCAGGUAUGUUUAGCGGUCUUAACUUGGGUCUCAUGGCCCUGGACCCCAUGGAGCUGAGGAUUGUGCAGAACUGUGGCACCGAGAAGGAAAGGAACUAUGCCAAAAGGAUAGAGCCGGUGAGAAGACAGGGCAACUACCUGUUGUGCUCCCUGCUUUUGGGCAACGUGCUGGUGAAUACCACUCUGACCAUCCUGCUGGAUGACAUUGCAGGGUCAGGGCUGGUGGCUGUGGUUGUGUCCACCAUUGGUAUAGUUAUAUUUGGGGAGAUAGUCCCCCAAGCCAUCUGUUCCAGGCAUGGGCUGGCAGUGGGAGCAAAUACCAUCUUCUUGACCAAGUUCUUCAUGAUGACAACUUUUCCAGCAUCCUUCCCAGUCAGCAAACUCUUAGACUGUAUUUUGGGACAGGAGAUAGGAACCGUGUAUAACCGGGAGAAACUGUUGGAGAUGUUGAGGGUCACUGACCCUUACAAUGACCUGGUCAAGGAGGAGCUCAAUAUUAUCCAAGGGGCUCUGGAGCUGAGGACGAAAACUGUAGAAGAUGUCAUGACUCCUCUGAGAGACUGCUUCAUGAUCGCAGGGGAUGGUAUCCUGGAUUUUAACACCAUGUCUGAAAUCAUGGAGAGCGGUUACACCAGGAUCCCCGUUUUUGAAGGGGAGAGGUCUAACAUCGUGGACCUUCUUUUUGUUAAAGACUUGGCCUUUGUGGACCCUGAUGACUGCACACCGCUUAAAACCAUCACCAAGUUUUACAACCACCCGCUGCACUUUGUUUUCAAUGAUACCAAGCUGGAUGCCAUGCUGGAGGAGUUUAAAAAAGGUAAAUCGCACCUUGCCAUUGUGCAAAGAGUUAACAACGAGGGAGAAGGAGACCCUUUUUAUGAAGUGCUUGGAAUUGUUACACUAGAAGAUGUAAUUGAAGAAAUCAUCAAAUCAGAGAUCCUUGAUGAAACAGAUUUAUACACUGAUAACAGGACAAAAAAGAAAGUAACUCAUCGAGAACGGAAACAGGAUUUUUCUGCUUUUAAACAAACUGACAGUGAAAUGAAGGUUAAAAUAUCGCCACAGCUUCUUCUGGCUAUGCACCGUUUCCUAGCAACAGAAGUGGAUGCAUUUAGCCCCUCCCAGAUGUCGGAGAAGAUUUUGCUAAGACUGCUUAAACAUCCCAAUGUCAUCCAGGAAUUGAAGUUUGAUGACAAGAACAAAAAAUCACCAGAAUACUACCUCUACCAGCGUAAUAAGCCUGUGGACUACUUUGUUCUUGUAUUACAGGGAAAAGUAGAAGUGGAAGCUGGAAAGGAAGGCAUGAAGUUUGAAGCUGGUGCAUUUUCAUACUAUGGUGUAAUGGCACUCACAGCCUCUCCAGGUAUUCCUUUGUCCCUGUCCCGUACCUUUGUUGUCAGCAGAACAGAAUCGCUAGCUGGUUCUCCAGCAGAAAAUAAAUCACCACCUCGUCCUUGUGGAUUGAAUCAUUCAGAUUCUUUAAAUAGAAGCGAUCGUAUAGAUGCAGUGACACCAACACUUGGGAGCAGUAACAACCAGCUAAACGCCUCCUUCUUACAAGUUUAUAUUCCAGAUUACACUGUAAGAGCCAUAACAGACAUGCAGUUUGUCAAGAUCACAAGACAGCAGUACCAAAAUGCCCUAAUGGCUUCCCGAAUGGACAAAACACCUCAGUCCUCAGACAGUGAAAACACAAAAAUUGAAAUGACUCUUCAUGAGCUACAUGAUGGCUUAACAGAUGAAACUGCAAACCUGCUUAAUGAACAGAACUGUGUUACACACAACUUGUCAAAUCACAGUAUGCAUAGCGAAGGGCCCAUCUGACGGGACGUCUUACAGUUCAUUCGUGUUCAGGACUGCGCUCAUUUCAUUCUCAUGUUUUACUUCAAGAUUCCUGUCUGUGUGACUGAAAAAUCUUGAGUAUUCAGCAUUCAAGAGACCAAAGAUUCUGAGCCCAGAAAAAUGCAGGCACAUUAAGAGUUUCAAAACAAGGGCAGGAGAGAAACAUUUAAAUAAUAUAAAUAUUAAAAAAAAAAAAAUUGUGAUUGGUGAGUAAGACCAAAUGUGGGAGAUCGUCUGACUAAAGAAAAUUUGGGAAAAAUAUCUUCAUUCUGUAUUUUCCCCUUUAACUUAAAGACAUGUCAUCAACUUAAUCUUGUAUUAUUUAGUUUUGUUGAAGUUAUCCCCUGUGGAUAUAAUAAACAGAGUUUCUUCAAGUGACAAUAAAGCUUAUGUCACAAAAUCA